AUUUGGUGUGGGUGGGGGACAGGGAGAGAUGGACUUGUAAGCAGGUGAGAGUGACAGGGAAGAAUAUUUCAACGUUGUUUUCUUCUUCCUUCUCCUCUUCUUGCAACUUCCCUCUCUAGUCAUGCCGUUUCCGGUGCCUAACCGGCCUCCACCCUCCAUCCCCCACUACUUCCUCACCUACUUCUUCUCUUCUUUCCUCUUCACCACCAUUUUGGCCUCCUAUGGCUUAGGUCUCCAACUGGUACAGGAUCCAUUUGGCUUGGUUUCUUUGGGCCUCUACGGAGCCUUCUUAAGCCUCCACUUCCUUGCUCAGGGCUGUUUUGCAUACCUGGAGCUCCGCAAGCACCGGAAAACCGCCCCGCCCUGCAACUUCACCAAAACAGUGGCCCUCACCAUUUCGGCCUAUCAGGAAGACCCUUUCUACCUGCGCCAGUGCCUCGAAUCAGCCCGGGAUGUCAUCUAUCCAAAGCACCUCCUCUCCGUGGUGAUGGUUGUCGACGGCAACAGUCCUGAGGAUCAUUACAUGAUGGAGAUGUUCCAAGAGGUCUUCCAUAGGGAAGACAUGGGUACCUAUGUCUGGGAGAACAACUACCACAGCCAGCCCACAACAGGCGAGAACGGGAAACCGUGGGACUCCAGGCAACAGGAUGUGGAAGCACUGAUCCGGACCCGAAGAUGUGUCUGUAUUAUGCAGAAAUGGGGUGGAAAGCGAGAAGUGAUGUACACAGCCUUCAGAGCCCUGGGGGACUCCGUGGAUUAUAUCCAGGUAUGUGACUCAGACACCAGGCUAGACCCAAUGGCGACUGUGGAGCUGGUGAAGGUACUAGAGUCAAACGAGCGCUACGGGGCUGCCGGAGGGGAUGUGCGGAUCCUGAACCUUUCCGACUCCUACAUCAGCUUCAUGAGCAGCCUCCGCUACUGGAUGGCCUUCAACAUCGAACGGGCUUGCCAGUCCUACUUCGACUGCGUCUCCUGCAUCAGUGGGCCCCUAGGCAUGUACCGUAAUGACCUUUUGCAGCAGCUCCUGGAGCUUUGGUACCAUCAGAGCUUCCUGGGAACCAAAUGCACCUUUGGGGACGACCGGCAUCUCACCAACCGCAUCCUGAGCCUUGGCUAUGCCACCAAGUAUGCCCCGCGUUCCAUCUGCCACUCCGAGACGCCGUCCCUCUUCCUGCGCUGGCUCGCCCAACAGACACGCUGGUCUCGUUCCUACUUCCGGGAGUGGCUCUUCAUGGUCUUGUGGUGGCCCCGUCACUCCCCCUGGCUGGCCUACGAGGCCAUCGUGUCAGGGCUCUUCCCAUUCCUGGUGGCUGGGACCACACUGCGAAUCCUGUACAGCAGUAGCCUUUGGGGCACUCUGUGGGUGCUGAUCUGCAUUCAGCUGGGCGGGCUGGUCAAGGCCCUGUACGCCACCCUCCUCCGCCGCAAUCCCAUCAUGCUCCUGGCCUCCCUCUACUCUGCUCUCUACAUGGCUGCACUGCUGCCCACCAAGAUCUUUGCCUUGGUCACCCUGCCUUGGGCAGGAGGCUGGGGCACCUCAGGCCGACGCCACCUUCGCAACAAUUAUUUGCCCCUCCUGCCUCUGCUUGCCUGGUGGGGGGCCCUGUUGGGAGGGCUGAGCUUCACCCUCUAUAAAGAGGCCGUGGGAGGCUGGCGGAAUGUGGAGAUCAUGACCUAUGGAUUAUCUGCCUGCCUGACCCACUGGGGAAUCCUGCUUAGCUUCUACUGGGUGAAAGUGAGACGUGUCUGUUGGAACCGCCGCGGCAUCUACAGGUUCAAUCAAGAAGACACCAGGCUUUGGGACAAUGAACUCCUCGGAGUACCCGGAACCUACAGCCUAACUUCAGAGAUGGGAUUCAAACUGGAAACACUUCAGAAUGCCUGUGUGUAAGGGAGGUCGAUGGCACACUCCCCAUCCCUUUUUGACAACCUGCACAACGGGCAGAACUCCAACAGAGAAAGCUCAUCCCAGUAUGAAGACACAGCAAUGGAGGAAUGCUUCCUCCAUUGAAUUUGCUGCCUGUUUUGCAGCUGUUGAAGGCACAGAGCACUUCCCCUUGAAACGGAAGCAAGACUCUCAUCCUCAACUUGCCUUCCUCAUCACCCUAAACCCCUGCAUGGACUCCUAUGAAUUGUGGGUCAUGUAGGUUUCCUUGCUUUUAAGAUGAGGCCAUGCCAUUUUCACCUCACCUCCCCAUAAGUGAGAGCUCCCUUGGCAUAGAACUGGAACUCCUGGUCAUGGUUCACACAAUUGAUCUUAUCUAGGUCCAAUGUGGAUUACCGACAUUAGCAUGUCUGUGUGAACUCACAUCAAGGCAGUAAUCUCAGAUUCAUCUCAGCCACAAACCACUUUGGUUUGGGUUCACACAAUCAUGCUAAUUUCAGCAACCCACAUUAAACCUAAUUUGAACAAUUAGUGCUCCAGAUGAAAUCAAUGGAGCUUUUAAAAGCUUCACUUGGAAUGGGAACUGCUCUAAUGAUUUAUUUUAAAACGUUUGUACCCCACCCGCAUUUGAGAUGGCUAAUAUUGUGUAUGAUUGUAUUAUUUUUUAUGAUGUUACUAAUUCUGUACUUGACGUAUUGUUGUUGCAUUUGAAACCUAUUAAACUGAUUUUACAGAU